CGACGGACUGUGUCUCUUUCUGCCUGUCGUACUGCUCAGCCUGGUCGGCGUCCGUCGUGUAUCCGGCCAUACUCUGUUCGAGAGUGAGCCGUCUGUACUUCAUCCCCCAUCGCCCCCCAGCGCGCCCAGAACGCGUCCCUCCUUUGCUUCCUCUUCUUCCGUGUUUCUCUUAUCCUUUCCUUCAUCUCGAACGCACCUAAUUCCACGCCUGCGCCCCGCCGGCCUGCGUCCCACGUCUGCAUCUGCGAUCUGCGCACGAGCCAACCCCGCUAUCGAGACACUCAGGCCGACAUGUCCGCGUCAGCAUCGUCGCCCACACCCGCCGCAGGCCCCAGCUCGCUGGGCGUGCGGCCAAACGGCGAGAUUGGCAACGAACAGAACAGCGUGGUGAUCAAGGUCGGCAUGCUGGGGGACUCGCAGAUCGGCAAGACGAGUCUGAUGGUGAAGUACGUCGAGGGGCACUUUGACGAGGACUACAUCCAGACCCUAGGCGUCAACUUCAUGGAGAAGACCAUCACGGUGCGCAGGACGUCCAUCACGUUCUCGCUCUGGGAUCUCGGCGGGCAGCGCGAGUUCGUCAACAUGCUCCCGCUCGUCUGCAACGACGCAGUCGCGAUACUAUUCAUGUUUGACCUGUCGCGGAAAUCGACGCUGAACUCGGUGAAGGAGUGGUAUCGACAAGCACGGGGAUUCAACAAAACCGCAAUACCCUUUCUAAUCGGCACGAAAUUCGACACGUUUUCCACCUUUCCAAGAGACGAGCAGGAGGAAAUCACAAAGCAGGCAAAACGCUUCGCAAAAGCGAUGCACGCGUCGCUCAUCUUCUGCUCGACGUCCGCGUCGAUCAACGUGCAGAAGAUCUUCAAGAUCGUGCUCGCCAAGGCGUUCGACCUCAAGUGCGUCAUCCCCGAGAUCGACGGCGUCGGCGAGCCCGUACUCAUGUACGUCGACGUAUGACGGACGGGCGGGUGGAGGUGGGCAGCGUGGCGGGCAUGCGGUCGGGGUCCGG